AAGACUUUUAAUGGACCAUUAUGAUAUUUUAAGAUCAAUUCAAUAUUGUAGAUUUUAAAAAUUUAGAUGUUUGAGAGCUAUACAAAAAAUACUGUAAGUUGGAAUCCUUCUUACAUUAAUACAACAACAACAACAUACCGGAUGUAAUCCCACAAGUGGGGUAUGAGGAGAGUAGAGUGUAUUACCACGUAGAGAUAGAGAGACUGUUUCAAAAUCCAUGCAAUUUGAUGGUCGAGAAGUGAAACAUGUCAAGUAAAAGUGAACGGAGGGAAUAUAUUAUUCAAAAACAAAGAGACAGCAAAGACUUAGACAGGUUUUAAUUUCUAUAUAAUAAUUCACUCUGAGAAAGCAAAUACUCACAAGAUCAUAUUCUCCUAAAUCAAAAAAAGUAAUGGAUCCAAUCCUGUACAAUGCUGCAAUGGAAGGCAAUACAGGAGAUGGUGAUUUUUUACUUGCUGAUUAUCUAAAUAGGGAUGAAGAAAAUGGGUACCAGGUCACUCCAAAGGGUAACACAGUCCUCCACGUCGCAGCUCUUUAUGGCCAAUCAGGUUUUGUGCGACAAGUUAUCGACAUUACUCCUGCAUUGUUGUGCUGUAAGAACAAGAAAAAUGAAACUGCACUUCACUUAGCAGCUAAUAAAGGGCACAAAGAAGUGGUGGAGGUACUACUGCGUGGUGUAGACGUUGAUGGACAAGCUGUGGGAUCAAUAAGGAGACACUCAUGAGGAUGACAGAUGACGGUGGUGAUACAGCCCUGCACAAGGCCGUGAGGACUGGAUGAGUAGACACUGUCAGACUCUUGGUGGAACAAGAUCCUGAUUUCGAGUUUCCAGCAAACAAUGCUGGGGAGACACCACUCUAUCUGGCCGCGGAGUCUGGUCUCGUCAACUGUUUGUCUGAAAUCUUAGAACACUGCAACAGACCAACAUAGAGCGGUCCAUGAGGUCGAACGGCUUUGCACGCGGCAAUAAUCUAGAAACAUAUGGGUAAUCAUUUUUGAUUUUAAAGUUGAGUUAUGGUAGGUAGGCUUCCUACAUUACAUCUGCAGGAUGUUUCACGCGCCGGACUGUUUUCUUCCGCUAUGAUCAUCUUUUUCUUCCGUUAUGUCCUAUUUUUCACUAAGUCUGCAUAAAUUCCAAGAGUUUAUUGGUCUUUUGAGACAAUUUCUCUUAUGAGAUAAGAAAUGUGCCUUAAAAGAUGCAAUGAAAUUUCCAGGAUACAUGCUAUCCGAAGUUCCAGACAUAGAUAAAGACCGUCAUCUGUAGGACUUAAACUGGAAAGAUUCAACCUUCGAAAUUCUUAAAGCUGUACUUAUUGUACUUUAGAAAUUAUGGAUUCAAAAUAUUAUAUUCGUUGACAGUUAGCAACUUUUCUCUCUUCGUCUCCCUCUCUAUCUGACACACACACACAUACAAAAAAAAAAAAAAAAAAGGGAAGCCCGGUGCAUUAAAGCUUCUG